GCUAACUCUAGCAAAUGGGUAUGCCGGGACGAUGGGAGCGCACGUUUGUUUGUUGCAGUUUAUGUCGAAGGCCUGGACGGUGCACAGGUUUUUCAUUUGUGUCGGUGCGGCGUGGUUUAGUUUGGCGUGGUGAAUCAGAAGCGGAGCGCGCUCAGUGCAAUUAAUAUUCGAACGCAAAAAAGACGUUACAACGAACUGAAACGGAUUACCCGUAAAGUGACGAGUCAAUUUUUGUGGGAUUUGAAUUUUGUGCGCCAAAUUUCGGAAACCGGCAUCAUCAACGGCGGGAAAGUGUGUAUGAUGUGUGUGCCAUCAAAAGCAAUAUUUAAAUGAAGCUAAACCGUGUGUUGUUAUCCGUUUAGUUCGUGCCUGUAAGCCCAAUCGCCCCCACAACAACAACAACAAUCGAUCUACUUCCGGUGACGAUCCAAAGAGACGUUUGAAUAGAAACCACACACAAUUCAGCGCACUAGCCGGAUAGAGGCCUCUUCAACUGGUCAAAACGUGAGGCUCGCACUAGUAGCGGUUCACCUUCCGUGUCAAUAAGUACUAGGUCCGGACCCGAGUGAGUGAGUUCAAAAGUUUGGAAACCGAAUUGUAGGUACGCGCACACACAGGCCGCCGGAAUUGUGAAUUGCGCCAUCCGAAUAAAAGUGGAAAGCUCGCACAUAUCCGGGCUGACGAUCUCCGGCUGGAAGAUAAAAGUGAAUCAAACCAUCAUCAAAGAAGAGGGAUGUGCCAAAUCAUUAUUGUUUCGUAAUUUAUGAUUUCUUCUUCUUUCGCGCCGGUGAAGGUCAAUUAGUGUGAGAAGAGAAGUGAUUAGAAAGAGAUAAGUCAACAACGACGACGACGGACGCCGCAAUUGGGGAGCAGAGCCUGAGUGCGAUUAAUGUCGGUGGAUGGUGUUGUCGGCCAGAGUGAGUGAGUGACCGAUCGAUGCAUGGGUUGAAGGCAGACGCAGCAGAAUAAGUGAUUGAGUGUUGAUUAGUGUAUUUUUUUCUCGCGCUCUAAUUGAGUGAAAGCUUCCAGCAGAGAUUUAUGAUAGCGUUUGUCGAUAGCCGGAUCAAUGAUGAGUGCGAGUACCAACAAUAACAGCAGCAGCAACAACAACAAUAAUAGCAAUAACAACAACAAUGGAAUUGCAACCAAUAACAAUGAAGUACAAUCACCUGAGGUGCAAGUUACGAUAAAGGAUCUACCGAUUGCGUUUAAGGUUAAAUAUUUGGGCAGCCAGUAUGCACGAGGCCUCUGGGGAAUCAAACACACGCGGCGACCGGUGGACCACCUCGUCAGUGCCGCCAAAAGCCUGCCACCGAACAAGAUCCUGCCGUUCUGUAACCUGACGGUUUCGCUCGACGGAGUCCGGAUGGAAACGGCCACCUCAAAGCACAGCAUGGUGACGAACUUCACCAUCGAUACCAUUUCCUAUGGGGUCCAGGAUCUGGUCUAUACCCGAGUGUUUGCCAUGAUUGUGGUCAAGGAGAACUACAACCUGAAGGACGAAAAUCCCUUCGAGGUGCACGCCUUCGUCUGUGAUAGUCGAGCAAUGGCCCGAAAGUUAACGUUCGCGCUGGCCGCCUCCUUCCAGGAUUACUCCAAGCGGGUAAAAGAAGCGGAGGAACAGAACCCGGGCGAUUCCAAUGGUAAACCUUUGCGCAAAAAGUUCGCCAUCGAUCUCCGAACGCCGGAAGAAAUGCAACAGGACAUCACCGAACAGGAAACGGAAGCGUGAUGAUUUCAAAUACAUUACCAUAAGUAAUGUUUCAAAUGACAGCGGAAAUGCGAGAGUGUUCGAGACAGAGUUGUAACAGUGCUGUGCCUAGUCUUUUUUAUUACGAUAAACAAAGAAAACCGUUCAGUAAGAUGCCUUUUCUAGUGACAAAAGUCUUUCUUAGAUGUUCGGCAACAAAUAUGCAUCUAAGGUCCAAACAGUGACUCGACGUCGAGUCCAAUAUUCCAAAUAACUAAAUAAAUAAUAAUCAACAAAAAAAACACAAAUUAAACAAAUGUGUGAAUCCAUACCAAAACAGUUUUAACCUCUAUCGUCGUGACUGUUGAUGAUGAAGAUCACUAGCGACGAGUAAAACAAAGAGUUAUUUAAGUAUAUUUUUUCCAUAAAGAUGUAUUUUAGAGAGAUGAAACAGUGAAAACUUCCCUUCUUGUACGUGUGACACGAAUGUAAAUGCACUUAUGUCUGAAAAUUUGAUACCUACUUUUAAA